CCCCUGAUGAGUUUGGAUCACAUCUCCAUGGUUAUCAACGCUCUGAAUCGCUUCUUUCAUCCACGGGGAAGUAUAUAACUGGCAACCCAAGAGAAGAUUAGUGGGCAAAGAUUUGAGCACAUUGAGGAAGCUCCAUCCAUCCAGACAUCCAAAGAUUUGUUUCUGACUUUCUGCCAGCCUGUUGCUUAGAAGGAGCUCAGCCACCAUGGAUCUAGCCCUCAAGAGGCCCUGGGUCAGCUUGCUGGUCUUCUUCUGUGUCGGGAUGGUCCAUACUGACACAGGAGAGAUGUACGGACCUCAGCUGAAAAUUGAUCCCAAAACAAUGACACGCAUCAUCCAGAUGGCCAUGACAGACAAGAAGAUUUUGGAUGGGAUGGCGACCAUGGCAACCAAGAAUAAGGCACUCAAAGGCCUCAAAGGGAUGAAACUUAAAGAUUUCAGACCCCCUGAAAUUUGCACAAAGUUAAUUCCACCCAAGCAAAUGCAGACAUCCGUGAUUAUUACCCUCACAGUUGCUGGGAAAAGCUUUAUCGGCGGAAAAAUGGAGAUCACUCUGAAAUCCAAAAUGGACAUCGUGAUUAAGGUGACCAAACACCCCACCAAGCACAUCGGGAUGGAGAAAACCAGCUGUGAAGUGCGUCUUUUGGCCUACAAAACCAACCUUCCCAGCAACAUGAUUCCAAAAGUAGUGAAUAAAUUUUUGAAUACUACACUUGGGAAACUCUUGCCUGGCAUGAUGUGCCCAGCAGCAGACAACGUGAUCGGGUUUAUGGAGACAAAAUUAGAACACAUGUUUGAAAAGAAAUCUUUUGGUGAGAACCGCACAAUGUGGUACGAAGUGGUUGAAGAUCCAGAAGUCUUCCCAGAUUACAAGUUAAUUCAGCUUAAGGCUAAAUUCCAAUCUAGUAAUGGAGAAAUCAUAGAGGCCACACCUGAUCCGGUCCCUGAAGGCCUGCCCCCAAAAGAGGAAGGAAAGAACGCGGUCUAUCUACCUGUGGCGAUCAUCAACGUGGCGGUGACAUUGAUGGAUGGCUUGUUCAACUCCGUUAUUACCGAAAUUGAGGGUUCCACUCCUACUACUGACCAGCUAAAAGAAAUAUUGCCAGAUGCUGAUCUACCUGCUGGAAAAGAAGUGAGAAUUGAAAUAGCUCAGAAAGUCAAUGUCACAUUUAUUGUGUCACCUACCGAAAGCCACAUGACAACCCAUUCCAAAGCCUCGUUCUUGUCUGUUGAAGAUGGCGCCGAGCUCCUCUCCAUAGACAUGGUGCAGGAAUGCAGCGCCAAUUUUGGCAUAAAAGAGGAACGGCUGUCAAUCUCCCUGGAAUCAGGAUCAUGCAGGACAACGGAGAUUUCUUCCCCUGCUGGAGAUGUAGAACCAGCCAAGGAUUUUAUGAAAACUGUCAUGGAUGUCUGGAUCCCACAAGCCAAUAACGUCUUGAGCAAGAAUCAGAUUCCUCUCCCAAGCCUGCUGGGGCUGAUGUACCGCGAAGGUGAAGCCACCCUCAGUUUUGGAGAGAACGUGCUGGUCUUCCACGUGACGAUUGAGACUUACGAUGAAACCGAGAUGGCAGAGCGAAUAAGACGCUACCAAGAGAAGCCCAAGACCUCAUAGAAAGGGGAAAGAGUAGAGGUCUUUCUGAUCAACACAUCCUCCCCUUGGCUCAUUCAGCCGUUGAACCUCUGCCUUGGAACGAAUUUGACAGAAUUCACACGCCAAUCGAGAAGAUAAAGGCAGCCUUCUUUAAUGUCUUUUAAUUAUUCACAUUUUUGGGUAAACCAAUUUGAGGUGUGGUUAAUUGGGAAGAACAACACACAUUUAUACGAUCCAUUAAUGCCUAAAAAAACCCCGAUUCGGUGCUUCCAGGAACCUUUUUUUGCUGAGGUAUCUCUUUCCUUCUUUGCCCGGGAAACUUCUACUCUGCUGUGUCUUACUCUCGGUAGUAGCAGAUUACUAGGGACUUAAGGGGAACUCUGUCCAUGUUUAUCAAAUAAAAUAUUCCAAUUUCCA